AGGAGACAAUGUAAGAUGUUUCGCCUGAGGUCGACACUCACCUUGCAUACUAAUGAGUCCGUAUAACACGUCAAAAGGCUAAUAAAUAUAACUUGUCUCAGCCAGCAACCAUUAGAAGGAAACGUCCACUUGGGUAAAGACACAUACGGUGUAAUAUCAGGGAUAGAUACAUAGAUAAUAUUUUCGUCUUGGAUUUUAGCUCUUUACAUAUGAAGCAGUAGGGGAAAAACAUAUUUAUUUAGAAAAACAAAAAAACAUUCAAAAUGUUUUCGUUCGGUAUAGUUUUACUGACUUUAGUGUCUUUUACAAAUGCACAAUGGCGACAAGACAUGUUUACAUCGGCAGAAAACCAAUUAAGAAGUAUUGUGCAAAAUGGUCAGACAUUGUUAGACUUUAUUUAUCAAGAGCGACAAAAGCAUGGCGGAGGAAACAUGACGGGUGGAUCAUUAAUGAGCCACAACGUCGCUUAUUCUUCGUUUAUAAAUGACGUUGAAACACGUCUCGCCGAUAUGGAACAGGCGACGCAAGAAUUAGUCCGAAUUAUGAGAACGUGCCCUGAUGCACCGUUGGCGCCACCUCCACCAACGAACGUGAUCGUAGAAUCGACAACAGUCGACAAUGUAUCAUCCAUUGUCGUCAAGUGGGAUCCACCAUUUAACCCACCAGAAAAUAUGCAAUAUAAGGUGUAUUUUGUACCAGUGGAUAUGAAUGGUCUGCAAACAGCAGGAGAGGUGGUGUUCAGGAUCUGUGAUUCAACACAAACAAUAGCAUCUAUCACAGACUUAACCCCAAGGUCAAGAUACAGGAUCAGAGUCGGAGCAGUAGCAGGUGCUGUGGCAGAAGGGGCUAGCAUGCCACUUAAUGUAAAAACUCCAGAUAUAAUACCGUCAAGAGUACGUAACGUGAUGGUAAAAUCUUCAACAGCAAAUACAAUAACUUUAAUGUGGAAUCCUCCACCAAUCAUGGGAGAUCUCAUGUCCUACGAGAUUUACUACGAGGAGAACCCUGUCAAUAAGAUACACAUAACAGUGAAGCCCCCAAAGAACAUGUACGUUAUCAAAGAUUUGACAGAGGGUACCAGUUACAAAAUUGAAGUGUCUGCCAAGUCAGACAAUGGUGAAGGAGAAAGAAGUAUCCCUAUUGAAGGAUCAACACAGCGUUUUAUUCCAGGAGCACCACAAGCAUUCAAGGGCGAUGCCAUUAACAAAACAGCUGUUGUCGUAAGAUGGGCACCUCCUCCCCCUAAACCUGGAGAUGGUAUAAUCCGUGGUUACCUCAUCAACUACACUGACGUUCGUUAUACGGAUGUUGCCGAGCACAGAGUUGGAGCGGAUGUGUUCGAAACAGUUAUUAUUAAUUUAACCCCAGCCCAAGUCUACUAUUUCCGUGCUUUUGCAUUUACACACAAAUCAGUGGGAAGAGGAGGUCCAGUUAUCGCACUUGAAACACUAGCAGAUGUUCCAUCACCACCUCGUCAACUCCAGAUCAUGACAAUCAGAGAAGAACCACCAAAGAUUGCACUUACUUGGUUACCUCCCCUUCAUACAUACGGAAAUCUCAAAAACUAUACAUUAGUAUGGGGUGUUCAAAAUGGCGCGAAUCGGACGGAGUAUAUCAGUAAAACAAGGCUGGAAUGGAGUUCGGAUUUCCUGGAUGAUGACACGACUCACGUGUUCAGACUUUCUGCUGUAAACAAAGUAGGAUUAGGAGAAGCGGCCGUUACAACGUAUAUGACUCCUAAAAAAGUUCCAAUUAUUCCACCAAAUGUUAAAGUGGCACGUUUACAACUGCAAUCAAAUGGUUCAACAAUAUUAAAUGUCACGUGGUCAAGUCCGCCAGUUUCCGUCGACGGAUUCCGUAUUCUAUUCCGGAAGUUCCAGCUUGUGUACAGUGGACGAUGGGAACUUGUUGAAAUAUUCGACCCAGAAGCACGUAAUGUAGAAAUCCCAUUGGUUGAACCAGACUAUCCAUAUAUAGUUGUUGUCCGAGGAAUACCAAAAGGACAAAUUAUGAACAUGUAUAAUACGCAUCAGAACCACAAUAUGAACCAAAACCAUAAUAUGAACCCUGGUAUGCAUGGUAUGGGUCCUCCGCCGCUUUAGUUGAAGAAAGUUCCGCUUGUUUUUUUAACAAAACGAAUUUUACAAUAAAAGUAUUAUUGUGACGAACAUUGAUAUUGGGUGCAGCAUUGGAGACAUGCAAAAUAAUUAGUAUGCAUUGUGGAUUAACAAUAUUGACCUGUGAGUCAAUAGCACAUUCAAAAGUAUCCAGUAAAAAACCUCUUUAGUAUCACUGUUUCAAAGUUGAAACAUUAGUUUUAGGAAAAUUACCGUUAUUUCCCGUUAUCUUUAAAUUCUUCAAUGCAAUUGUUAUAAGAGGGUAUGCAUAGGGUUGACGAAAUGAGCAUAAUGGGUAAAACUAAUAAACAAUAGAACAAAAUGGACCCUUUCUCCCUUCAGACCCUUCGACAGCAUAUACACAAGAAUUAUGUUAUGACGUAACUGCUUUCCCCCGUAAAAAUAUAAUUAAGUUUAAAGGUUAAUUUAUUAUUUAUUGUUUGGGACAUUUGUAUGCGAGAGAUGACAUCUGACAGCCGCUCAUUUAUGACAAGUAUAUACAUAAAAGAACCAGUCAAAAAUAAUAAGAUAUCCACAUUAAUUAUUUCAUUUCGUAUAUGAAAGUAUUUAUUUGAUCUACGCUUGAGCAAAUGUAUGUAUAAACUGUAUGUAUACAUUGGUGCACAUUGUAUAAAACUGCCGUUCAACACUUUGGUCAAAGUCAAUAAAAAUAAUUGAUAGAAAACGCUGUUCAAGUUAUUGCGUUCUUACAAUGAUCUCUCUACUUAUUUACAUUUAUGCAGGUCUAUAAAAAAAGUAAAUGAUCACACAUAAAAAAUAUUAUCAAAAACGAUUGACAAUUCGCCGUUUCAGAAUCUAAUUCAUCCUGGGUAAUAUUUUCAAAACUGUACACUGAAACGACCUGAUUGGUUAAAAAUGUCAUAAACAAUGGAAAUUUAAUGACAUGACGUUAUUUUCGUUCUGGGGUACUAACAAUGAAAUUACCCAUGAUGCUUUUGAUUCUGAAACGGCCAGUAGCAUUAAGUCAUUAAAUUUAUCAUGUAGAUCAAUUAUAAACUUCGCUAAGAGCAGAAUGACUGUUGCGGUUUUAUUUUAUUUUGAUAUAUGAUACACCAAAUAUGUAGUGUCUGGAACGGAACACUGUCUACCCUCAUUUUUUAUAUACUGUACAAAUAAAGAUAUUUUUUCAUGUCAA